UAUUUCUAAACUAGUGUAUACAAAUAUUAAGCAAAAAAAAUUCUGUUAUUCAAAACGAAAAUUUGAAAAGUAAUGCCACGUAGUUCAGUCCCGUAUCAAUACAAGUCUACACCUCAGGUCUUACUGUUCAUAUACAAAUAAAAGUUACAAUAAUUUUUGAUAAGUUGAGUGUGUUUUAAUUUUUUCAUUACUUCACUAAAGAAUAUAAUAUUUUAUCAAAGAAGUACUCCAAAUUUAUUAGUAAUUAUAAAAAAGCCAAAAUAUAAAAUAUUCCAAAUCAUAAGAUUACUAAAAGUAAAGAUUAAUUAAGGAACAAAGAAUUGAUAUUGACAUGUCUUUAUUUUCAUUUUAAUAAAUAUUUGAAUCUUAGAACACUAAUCACUUCGUAUAAGCUCGCUCUUGAUUACUAUAUACACUUGAUCCAAAUAUAUCGUUAUGUAAAAAAGAAAAUACUAUCUAUCGUUAAUAUAAAAAGAUUUCUAUUUUGUGACUUGAUAUUACAUCUAAUUGUGCAAUCUAACCUCUACAUUUUGGAGUAUUUACAUUCAUUGCUCAGUUUUGAAAAAAGAGAUAAGAUUCAUUAGAAAUAAAACUGUGCAAUCAUGUCAAGUAAAAAGAAAUACAAGAGUAAAAUCACGGAUAGACGAAAAAGACAAGUAGUAGGAAAGGAAGAACGAUUUCGUCAAAAAACAGAUAAAUCGGAUCAAGAGAGUGAUGAAGAAUUAGAAUUUAAUCAAGAAGAUGAAAGUCCUGCUGAAUUAUUUCCAAUAGCUAUGUGGGAUUUAGAACAUUGUGAUCCUAAAAAGUGUUCUGGUAGGAAAUUAUCUAGAUUUGGUCUCAUCAGAACGUUAAGAUUAGGUUCACGAUUCUCUGGUUUAGUUUUGACUCCAGUUGGAAAUCAAUGUGUUUCUCCACUUGAUCGAGAAAUAAUAGAAAGCCAUGGAUGUGCUGUAGUAGAUUGCAGUUGGACUAAACUUGAUGAUACACGUAUCAAUAGAAUAAAAAGUCCAAAUCCAAGACUUUUGCCAUUUUUAGUAGCUGCCAAUCCUGUGAAUUAUGGAAAACCAUGUCAAUUGAGUUGUGUUGAAGCGAUUGCUGCUACCCUUAUUAUAACUGGCUUUCGAGAAAAAGCAGAAUUUUAUCUUGGUAAAUUUUCUUGGGGACAUUCAUUUCUAGAAUUAAAUUCCGAAGUAUUAACUGCUUAUGCUGCUGCCGAAAAUAGUGAAGGUGUUAUAUCUGCUCAAGAAAUUUUUUUAGCUAAUGCUCGACAAGAACGAAUAAAUCGACAAGCAAUAUCCGAUUUCCCGCCAAGUGAAGAUAGUGAUACAGAUAACGAAACUAACAAUGAAGAAAAGUUAGAAGAAAAAAAAUAAUGCUUACUUACUAUUUAAUUGAAUGUAAAAUAAUGACUAAAGAAUAAUGAUGGAAUUACUGAAAA